AGUCUAUACAAGACACAAUAAUAAAAAGCAGAAAUGGAGAGCGUCCGCCUAGACAAUGAAGGUUGGCCGCUAGAUGACAUUCCCUACACAUCAAACCCUACAUCACCGACCAAGUCCAUUCUCAAGAACAGCACCUCCAAGACGUCCUCUGUGACAGUGUUUUGUGAAGAGUCAGUCGAUGGGGUGGUGGAUCCUAAUAUGUCCAUUCGUAGUGCUGUUAGUCUGUCAGAGGACGUCCAAGUCAUUGAGUGCUCAGAGCACCCCCCCUCUCCCGAGCAGUCCUGUCCAGAGAUAAGCAGUGAGCAUGCCAUGACCUUUCAGAAUGUGUCCUACUCAGUGAGGGGAUUCAACAAGUGCCACUGGACCACCAAAACCAUCCUAACCAAUGUCAGUGGAGUGAUGGUUCCUGGGAUCAACGCCAUUAUGGGACCCACGGGAGGUGGAAAGACAACUUUACUAGACGUCCUAGCCAAGCGUAAAGGCACCUCUGGACUCUCACAGACAAUCACAGGUUCUGUUCUGCUCAAUGGAGAGCAUUUGCCCAGCGACUUUAACUUGAGAACUGGCUAUGUCGUGCAGGAGGACAUUCUGGAAGGAAUUCUGACAGUGAGAGAGAAUCUCCAGUUCUCUGCUGCUCUGCGAUUGCCUCGAGAUAUUACUAACAGAGAGAGGUCACAGCGGGUGCAACACAUUAUCCAACAGCUGGGCCUCAUCACCUGUGCAGACUCUACAAUUGGCACAGAGUUCAUCCGAGGGGUGUCAGGGGGAGAGAGGAGGCGUACAGUGAUUGGGAUGGAGCUGAUCAUAGACCCAGUUGUAUUGUUCAUGGAUGAGCCCACCACUGGACUGGAUGCUCACACGGCCGUCUCUGUAGUGCAGACUCUGCAGGAUUGGUGUAUGGAGGACAAUCGACUGGUCAUCCUCUCCAUCCACCAACCUCGUUACUCCAUCUUCAAACUGUUUGACAGUCUCACUCUUCUCUCUCUGGGCAGCGUCAUCUACCAGGGCAAGGCAAGUCACGUCGUCAAAUACUUCGGUAGACUUGGGUACGGACUUGAAGAGAUGGAAAAUCCAGCGGACUUUUUGUUGGACAUUCUCAACGACUCACAAUCGGCUAUUUCUCUUCACAGAAGAACGGUCCGCAAACACAAGCCAAAGGAGACGCUGGACCUAAUACAAGAGUUCCAGAAGUCAGAGGAAUCUCAACUCAUUGAGAAAUGUCUGGAACAUGCCAACACUGAGUCUGAACCAAGUGCUAGGAAGAGAUGCAGCGACUCUCUCCACCUGUCCUGUAGGAAGAUGCCCUCCACAAUCGCCACUUUCCUCUGGCAGAUAUUAGUCCUCGCUGUUCGCUCAACCAUAGCCAACUUCAGGAAUCCAAGCACUCUUCUCUUCCAGACCUGUGUGAUGAUUGCGAUGGGCUUUGUGGUGGGUGUGGUCUAUUACCAGAUUGACGAUAGGAUGUUCACUAUCCUGAAUAGCUUUGUUUCUGACAGGCUUGGUGCGUUGUUCUUCAUAAUACUGAUUCAGGAGUUUGGAGUGCUCUCUGGUUUUGAACUUUUCAUUUCUGCAAGGCCUCUCUUCAUUCACGAGAAUGGUGGUGGUUUCUAUCGAGUCUCCUCCUAUUUUAUCUCCAAGAUUGUCACUGAUAUCAUCCCCCUCAGGCUCAUUCCUGUUGUCCUAUUCUCUGUUAUCUCAUACUUCAUGAUGGGUUUUCAGCUCUCUGCUGGCAAGUUUUUCAUCUACCUGCUCAUGCUGUCUCUGGGGGUGGUUGCUCUCUCCUCUCUGGCCUUCCUUAUCAGUGCCGCCAUCAAGAACCACUCCAUUGCCAUAGUAACCUUCACCCUCACCCACUUCAUCAUGCUUUUGUUCAGUGGCUUGUUGAUCUCUAUUAGCCGGCUGCCUGACUUUCUAGGGUGGCUGCAAUAUGUCAGUAUCUACCAGUACGUUUUACAGUCACUGGUUGUCAACGAGAUAGUUGGUGCCUUCUACAAUGCCACGCCCACUAACAUCAACGGACAGCUAGUCUGUUCCCCUCUGGACGGCUGCCUGAACGGUACGGCGUUACUAGAAAUCAACGGCUAUAUCAUUGACCCAGAUUGGAUCUGGAUAAGCACUGGAGCUCUGAUUGCAAUCAUCAUCAGUCAGUGGGUCCUCACUUAUUGUCUCCUGUGCUGUGUCAAGAAACAUAAGUAGUGUGUAGCAACCAACGCUAAACACUAACAAACAAUUCUGAAUAAUUAGAACCAUCUCUGUAGAGUACUAGUAAUUAAUGUGUACAAUAGCUCGUUCCCAGCCCGAGGCUAUGUGUACAAAUGCUACGUAAAUUCAGCAGCUGAAGUUAGUUCUGUAAGGAUUAAUAAUCAUGCAAAGCAUUUUGCAGAUUUAUUUCAUGGACUAAC